AUGGAUUCAAUUAUGAGGUCGGACGAAGAUUAUUUCGAUUCCGAUUCAUCAUCUUCGAGCGAGGAAGCUGAGACUUCUAAAGUGGUUUGCGUACCAAAAUGCCCAGAUGAAUUGAAACCAAAAAUUGGACAAAGUUUCAUGAACCUUGAUCGUGCAUUGGACUUCUACAAUAAUUAUGCUCGAUAUGUUGGAUUUGACACCCGUAAAAAGGGAUCGAAAAAGGAAAAAGAUGUCACUACUUGGAUUUACGUGGUGUGUAGCCGAGAAGGCACAAAGCAAAGAAACAGUGAACAAUCUGAGGUGAAACGAAAGCGUUCUUCUAUUAAGUGCUAUUGUAAUGCUAAAGUGUCUUGGAAGUAUAUUAUGGGUGUUGGUUAUGUUAUACAAAGUUUCGUUGAAGAACAUAAUCACGAGAUGGUUGAGGAACGCCAUAAGCGUUUUAUGAAUUUGAACCGUAAUUUGGAUUUAGUCCAUCAGAAAUUCAUCCUCGAUUGUGCUAAUGCAAAUAUUGGUCCAACUUUAAGUUUUAGCUUACUUAAAGAAGUGCUUGGUGGAUUAGAUUAUGUAGGGUGUACUGUUUUAGAAGUGCGCAACUAUAGACGUGACCUUAGAGCAUAUGUGGAAGGAGCUGAUGCACAAAUGUUAUUGAAUGAGUUGCGAAGGAAGAAGGAGUUGUGUAGUGCAUUUACAUAUGAGUAUGAGGUCAACUCAAAGGAUAGGAUGACACGAUUGUUUUGGUGUGAUCCUACUGGCAGAAGAAACUACCAUUUGUAUGGAGAUAUUGUUUCGUUUGAUACGACAUACUCCACAAACAGAUACUGUAUGAUAUUUGCUCCUUUUACGGGCAAGGAUAAUCAUGGUCGCCCUGUGACAUUUGCUGCUGGCCUUUUGUCCAAGGAAAAUGCCAACUCCUUUUCAUGGUUAUUUAACCAAUUUGUAAAGUGUAUGGGUGUGGCUCCCAAACUCAUUGUAACCGACCAAGACUUAGGAAUGAAAGUUGCUGUUGAGGAGGUCCUUGUCAAUACAAGACACCGGUGGUGUAUGUGGCACGUUAUGGUCAGAGUUGAACAAUUAAAGAAGGAACUGAAUGCAUGUGUAUGGUCAGAGUUGAUAGAACCUGAUGCAUUUGAGGAAACUUGGCAUGCUAUAAUGGAAAGAUAUGGGCUGACCAAUAAUGUCUGGUUUUCAUCAAUGUUUGCAUCCAGAAAAUUUUGGGUUCCAGCCUUUUUCCGUGAUUUUCCGAUGAGUUCGUUGAUAAAGACAACUUCUAUAUCUGAAUCACAGAAUAACUUCUUCAAAAGGUACUCAAAGUCUCGGGCUAACCUUAUGCAAUUUUAUAUGAACUAUAAUCAUGCUCUGGAGACUCAAAGAAGUAAUAGUGCAAAGCUUGAAUACUAUGAUUCAACAAAAGUACCUAUUUUGCGAACAGGAUUGGAAAUCGAGAAACAUGCAUCGACGAUAUAUAGUGGUAGUGCUUAUACUGAAAUUCAAGAAGAGAUAGUAUAUGCAUGUUUCUCUUUGUCUUGUGCAACUCUAGGAGUGUCUACCAAUACAGAUAUUGAAGUAUAUGACAUAAAGGACAAGGAUUCAAACUCAUGGACAGUGACUUACUCCAUUGGUGAUGACACCUAUUUGUGUGGAUGCAAAAAAUUUGAAAGACUUGGUCUAUUGUGCAGCCAUAUAUUUUGUGUGUUGAAACAUAAUUUUGUUAAGUUGAUACCCGAGAAGUUGCAUGGAGGAAGAUGGUUGAAGUCACAGUUUGUGAAGCCAAUACAUGGAGGUUUUUGUGAUGAUCAAGAAAUACACCUUGCUGUGGACAAGAAGAAGAUUGCAUUUAAAAACUUGUAUGGAUUAUUCAUUGAAACAGCACAAAGCAUUGAAGGGAACAUUGAUCAAAUCAAUGCAUUCGCUGCAAUUAUUGAAGAAGGUAGGAAGCAGCUUCUUGGCGAAGAUGUUGUUCUGUCAUCCACACAGAAGAGAGCAAUGAUUGAGAACUUCUAUGGCUCACAUGUCCCGAACAAUAUUGAAGUUCAUCCUCCUGAGGUUGUUAGUACAAAGAGAAGUGGAAGUGGGAAGAAAUCGAAGAGGGAGUCAACAAUAAAGUUAGCAAUGAAACCAGGCCGAAAGUGUGGAAACUGUCAUGAGAUUGGACACCAUGAUUCUAGGAACUGCAAAAAGGUUAAUGAGAAGUAG